AUGUCAACAGAACCAGAAAAAAAUACACCAGAAACAGAAAUAAAAUUCAGUAAAGAACAAGCAGUAGUUCAAACAACAGCAUCAGCCCAAAGUGAAGAAAAAGUUGAAGCAAAAGAUAGCAAUGUUUCUUUGUAUGUGUUAGAGAUUGGUGCUCAAGCAAUUAAAGUUUACGGAGAGGUAAAAGAUAUUGUUAAUGAAACAGGAGGAAAAAUAAAUAUUGUUAAUGCUAAGCAAAUGAUUGACCAAAAAAAACCAAUUUUGGAAAAUAUUCCUGGAACCGAGGUUGAAAAAUAUAAAAAACGAUUAGAAGAAAAAGGAGCUAAAGUUGAAUGUCGGGAACCAGAAACUGUUGUUGAAGACUCAAAAGGAAAAAAAAAAGUUAGACCCCAAAGUGAAGAAGAAGCUCGGUUUGCUUGUAAAAGAAAAAAAAUAUCUCCUUCGGAAUUAAAUUCCUUACUAACCCAAACUAAAAAACAAUUACAACCAUUAAAAAAAUUAUCAGAACAAGACCAACAAAAAAAAAAAGGUUUGAUAGAAAAAUUAGUCACUAAAAUUGAAUCCCUACAACAAGCACAAGAAGAAGACAGUUUAGCAGUUAGUUUUCAUUAUGAACAAAACCAAAAAGCAGACUUCUGUCACUUACCAAAAAUGACUUCACGAGGAGAUUUCAUUAUUAAUGGUCAUCAUAAAGUAGUAGUUUUUCAAUCGGUGCGGGCUCCAGCAGUUUAUUAUUACUUUGGAGAAGAAGAAAACAAUGCUAAAAAACCGCUGGCUAUUGAACUAAAAUUCCUUAAUUCAGGACUAGUGUUCGAUUUCCUAAAUGUCUUAAAGACCUUUGCGAUUUCCCCGGAACUUCUGAAAACUUUGUUUGACAAAGAGAGUUUAAAUACCGACGAUUAUCAAGAGGCCGAAGAAUUAGAAAUCGGAACUGGCACAACCAGUUUGCCACGGUUUUUAUUUACUACCAGCAAGGGCAAUUCUUACUUUAAACUGGGAAAACUAGGACGAAGAAAAUAUAACCAAAAAAUAGAACUCAUUCAACAAUUAAAGGGUCAAACCUUAGCUGAAGACUU